AUGUCAAGGAGAUGCGUUUCUGUUGCAGUGGAUAAUAAUGCUAUCAACAAAAUGGCCUUAAAUAUUACAAAAUUGACUGAUUUGGUGAUGAAGAUGCAACAACCUGGAGGGUAUAUCUCCAUUGUCAUGAGCACAUUGUCAUCGAAGUUAAAGGAUCCAGGGAGAUUUACUAUUCGUUGCACUAUUAGGAAUCAAUACAUUGCUAGAGCAUUGUGUGAUUUGAGUUCCAACAUUAACUUAACACAUUUGUCUAUUUUCAGGAAAUUUGGGAUUGAAGCAACACACACAACUAUUGCAUUACAAUUUGCUGGCCAAUCUAUUUCUCAUCCUGAAGAAAAAAUAGAGAAUGUGCUAGUGCAAGUGGAAAAAUUCAUCUUUCAAACAGACUUCAUUAUCUUGGAUUCUGUAACCGACAAGGAUGUACUAAUAAUACUAGACAUACCUUUCCUUGCUCUAACAAGAACACUGGUUGAUGUCCACAAGGGAGAACUCAUAAUGCGCCUAAAUGACCAACAUAUUACAUUCAAUAUUCUGCAAUGCAAUGACAAUAUUGAGUGUUAUGUUGUUGGCAUUAUCGAAGGAACAAAGCAAGGACCCUUGGAUGAAUGUUGGAUCAUGUCUAGUGGGCAUAUGAUGAAACAUUAUGGUUGCAAUAUAUCGUAG